GAUAUAUAGGAUAUGGCAGGGGCAGGUCUGGUCAUCUGCAUUCAGUUGUUCGGAUUGGUUGACAUUGCAUGCGUAAAUGAAUGAACAAUUUACUUUCAUUGUACUGAACGGCCAUAAACUCUGCAAAGUAUCGAUCGCUUUCUUUUUUGGUCUUAAUAAACCGACUGAAAAGCAAGGCCUCACGUGCGCCCGCCGGUUAUUUCACUGCAUGGGAUAAGAAGCAGCCACAAGAGCACUUUUGUUUUUUAAAAGCGUACACCAUGCAUAUUUGAAUGCUGUAUCAAAAGUGUGUAGUGUUUUACACCCAUCUGUCAGUAAGUUUUUUGAAAGAAUGGCAAAUGUGUAUGCCUAUUUAAGAUUGUCACACGGUUGUCGUCAAGUGCCUGACUAACAAUGUAAACACAUGAUAAAAGCUGAAUUGUAUUUAUUGCCUUGAUAUCACUUUUCAUUUUUGGUUCAUUCUCUUUCCUCGCCAUUGCAAAAAAAACGGCAUAUGUCUGUACAUUGACACAGGGGGAGGGGGAAGUCUUUGCUCGUGAAGACACGUUAUUUUCUCUUUUACGUUGGUAGGAAGUGAAAAAUGGACCGCAUGUUCAGCUGCAAAAAGUAUGAAUAAGCUACUAGCACUCUAACUUACACACACUCACACACUUUGAAGUACAGAUCUAGGGCAGAAUCAAACAAAUACAAUUCUCCUUGUUCCUUUCCAGAUCGAUAUAAUUAAAACAUACAUUUUAACCAUCACUUCAAAUCUCCAUUGACGACCAAACCACAACUGGCAAGAUUACACUAAACCUUAAACAUGCCGUUUCACUUGUACGUAUGUUUGUUUUGUUGUUUAAUUUUUGUACACACGUGUUUUAUUCCCUUCACAUUAUUAUAUCUUUAUUCAUCAGUUCUGAUUUCCAAACAUCAAGAUAUGCAUCGAUUUGCAACUGUAAAAAGAUAGAAUAAAUAGCUCUGAAGAUUUCUUAUGUUAUUCAAGUUAUUCUACACACCGGUAUAUCUGUAUAAUGAGCUAUGUGUGUACAUCUACACACACACACUGGUAUCAUGGCGUGCAUACACAAACUCAUAGACAUGCAUAGGCUACACAUUUACUCAAAAUGGCAAAAAAGGCACAAAAAAUAACAACAAAAAUCUAAGAUAAUGUAUAUUGUGAUGACACAUGUAGAAUAAAAUCAAAGAAAUAAUAAUAAUAAUUCAAUUCAAAAGAGCUUUAAGAUUAGUCAAAUGCAAUUAUAUAUAUUUUCCAUUUGCUUUAAACUUACAACGUAACUCUUUAAUGUUUUCUUCAAAUGUCAGGUUUAAUCUUUGUUUGAGUAGCAGUAAAUCGCGGAAAUGAGGUAAAUCACAAAAUAAUAAAUGCAUUCAAUUUUGCAAGGUAUAAAAAAAUUCCAUAUACACGAAAAAUUUAAAUAAGACCUGAUGAUGUGAUAACACGAUCAUGUUAAAUUUGUUAAAUGCAUGGUUUAAUUUUAGGCUGCUCAACAUCAAAUGCAGUCAAACAUGCCCAUCUGUCAGCGUCAAUAUUUUUUUAAAACAACAACCAAAGCACAAAGUUGUUACAAAAAACUCAUGCAAAAUGUCUUCAACCCGAUCUCACGAAAAUUCGUACAUAUUUUACGAUUUGGCGAAUUCCUAUGUGUUGAAUAUUAAUAUCUAAUCAUGAACUUGUCACCAGCGAAUUAUUUGCUCUAUUCAAGAGAGGUGGGAUUACAACAGUAUGGUAAUUAACUAUGGGGUUGGGGGUGGCCAUGGGUGGAAUAUCCAUUUUUAUUGCAUCACCUGUCAGUAACGUCCAAUCAGCGUCGACUUUGAGGGCAUUAAUUGAUGAAGGUGUCUCCGGCCUUGCUCACGUCCCACUGUCAUUUAUUUGUGACUAAACCAGGAGCGGGAAUAGCAGCUGCAUUUUGGUCUGUAAUUUCUCUCUCUCUCUCUCUCUCUCUCUCUCUCUCUGUCGCUCACUCUCUCUCUCUCUUUCUCCCUUCCCUACUCUCUUUUAUCCUUCUCACUGGCAGUGCUGUUCACCUUCCUCUUUUCCUCAUGGCCAAAUGGGAAGGGAGUUGAGGGAGCGCAGGUAUACAGGAGCUCAGACAGGCAGCAGCCAGCCUGUCGGCAACAUCACAAACAUUCCAUCGAUCAUGCAGUGCUCAGGUCAAUGGAUUGAUUAUUUUAAUUCAAACAGACCAUUUUAUUUUUCUAUUUAAAACUUUUUUGUUGUUGUUGUUCAUGCCGCAGUGUGGACAUUGCAUAGUCCAUGCUGGACUGAUCAGCCUCAUGUCUUGAAAUAAAGAAGCUACUUUAAGGACAUCCGUGGCGCUAAAUGUUGGAAUUAAUGCAAUGAAGAAAAUGGGGGACUUGGAAUCCGGUUUUGAAGAAAUGCAGGGUGUAAGGCUUGGCUAUUUGGUUAUCAAAGGCAAACAAAUGUUUGCCCUUUCUCAAGUCUUCACCGACCUCUUGAAAAAUAUCCCGCGGACUACUGUGCACAAACGCAUGGACCAUUUAAACGUGAAGAAGCAUCACUGUGAUUUGGAGGAAUUACGAAAGCUCAAAGCAAUAAAUUCUAUAGCUUUCCACGCAGCUAAAUGUACCCUGAUUUCAAGAGAGGACGUUGAGGCUCUGUAUUUCUCAUGUAAAACUGAACGCGUAUUGAAAUCAAACAAAAAAAGGGAAAAGACAAGAAACUCAACUGAAAAAGUAUGCGAAGACAAAAAUCGCACAGCUGCCAGAAGUGACAUUUGGAGAGAGAAAGUUUGGUUAAGUUUGCAUAGCGUUCCACAGACUUUCUCAUUCAAAACUAAAGCUGUUCGACAGGACACAGCCCCUCGCACUCACUCAAAUCUACCUCAAAUUUACAGUAAAUCCUUUGCCCGUGACUUUCAACCGGUCACGAAGUCGGCAUCUACACCCUUUAAAAACUAUGAAACAGCUCAAAUUCCUCACAACUGUGUGGCUUUUAAUCAGAAACAUGCAUUUAUUCGGAGCGUUGUGAACCGACAGCCGCUCCUCUAUCAGUCCGCCAUUGCAGCGCAGCCAAAGCACCAAGGCAACGCAGACCUACUUUACAAAAGGAAGAGGAAGCGCGAGAGCAGCGCGAGGCAGUUUUGGUCAAGGAGCAGACGCGGCCAUCCGGUUCUGGUCGUCCCGAAGUGCUGUAAACCCAACGGAUCUUUAAGUCAGUUUCAUAACCUCGAGCAUGGAUUGUAUGUCGACCCACGGCACACUGGGCAUUUUCAGGAAAGCUGCAGCAGCGACACGGAAUCUAGUUCCAUCUCAGAACGGGUGAACAACGAUUCGGAUUUUGUAUCGAGUUUCUCAACCACCAGCAACUCCGCAACUUCAGAUGAGGAGGAGGAUGACUCCCUCUCGGAUUCUUCAGAUGUCAGCACCGAUGAAGAAAGCUCCUCUCAGUCUGACUCCAGCUCUGUGUCCAGUCAAGUCUCAGUGCAGAGUAUUCGAUUCAGGCGUGCACGCUUCUCAAGUCUCAACACAAAAGCACCUUUGGUCUUACAGCCUACUUUUCACUACAGGCCUAAUCUGCUAAACAUACACACUAACCAAGGAGGAACGACUACUUUGAACUGUGAAAGAACGGUCAAAACACAGAAAUCGGACUUUACACAGUGCAGGGAUGGACGCAAGGAUGGUGAUGCCGCAAACGUGCUAAACUUCUGCACGGUGGGGGGCUGUUUUCCAGAUGUAAGAGAAAAUGAGGGCUCUGAAUCAGUGUCACGCCUUGAAUUUUCAAAUGAUCCAAAGACAACAUACAUUACAGAAAUUGGCCUUACACCUAUUGCAAAUGGAACCAAGGCGUUUCCUCAACAAAGAAUACCAGGAUCUACAUGCAAAUGCUCACAAGGCUUGAUCACACACUGUGUUCCAGACAAAGAGAUAACGCUUUGUAAGUCCUCUGACAGCAGUCUUUCAUUAGCAGCAAAUUUCAAGAGGGAAGCAAAAACUUCUCUCAAACUGCCAUCACCUCUGAAACCUAUCAAAACAGAGGCCGAGGAGCCCAUCUCUACUUCAGGCUUCAACGACGAGGGCAUCGGGGCUGUGAAAACGCCACCGUUUUUUCUAAAUAAUGUGAAAAUUAAAGUCGAGGAUAGCUUUGACGAAUAUGAAUAUGCAAAUCCGCCCCUGGAAUAUCAAUGUAAGGAUAACGAUGCCGAUGACUUGGCCAUCAGUAAUCCUUUUAAGGAAACUGACCACUGCAAAGAAACCAUUAAAGCCUCAGUGAGCUCUGUUCAAAAACAAGAACCAAGAAGCACUUUAAACACUCCUUGUUCCGAGGAAGGAGAAUGCAAAAAUGCUACAAGGGUCCGAAAAAACUACAGGGCAAUGCUUCUGGGUAAAAAACCCGAAAGUGUCAAGACAUCAGCUAAAUCAAAUGCAAAAGUUGACAAGAGCCCCCGUUCUGCAGGAAAAUGUGCGAGCAGUGAGGGGUCAAACGAAGACUGUGCUGGGGCGAGCAAGCGCAAACGAGCGAGCACCAAUGUAGCAUCUCUGAAAAAGCCCUUCAGCUUCAUGGCGAAUUUUCCCUCUCCACCGUCACUUAUUAUUGGCAGCGAUGGCGAUUUGAGUCCCGCUUACUCUUUGAACUCUUUUAGAAGUAACCAGCUGCCUCAUCGUUCCAACCCAGUGUGGGGAUGGCAGCUCGGUCAUUCCGUUGUUCCUCCCCCUCCAAGCCACAAAUUCAGGAAAGCCUCUGUUAUCCCUUGAAUUGUUCUUUUGAGCUCGAGGGAAAUUACUUAAAACUGUGACAAGCACUGAUAACCGUUAGUUGUUUGAUGAUGUUUCCAGUGUUGUUUUGAACGAAUACGUCGGCCUGUUGUUACGGUGCAGAUAUCAUCGUCGUAAAGCACAGGCUGAUAUAUCCAUCGAUGUUUACGACUCUGGAAUAUACAGAGGUAUUUAUAAUAAGCUGAUCUAGCAAGAAAAAGUCGUUUUCAAAAUGUCAUUAUUUACAUUGUCAAAGUUGACCGGCUGGACUAGACUCUCAUUUAGAAAAUGUUGGCUCAUUUUGCAGGCAGGGUUAACUAUCUCAUAUGAUGGCAUUACAGUGAUUGUCAGGUUUGUGUCAAAUAAAUGGUAGAUUUUGUCAUUAAGACACCUGAUAUUGGCAUAUUUUGGGCCAAUCUUUUGUAUUUUCCCUUUUUAUUUGAUCUAUUGACAACCCCACUAUACUGUCUUUCAGAAUUACUGUAAGCCUAUGGGCUACACCAUUCUUAUUUAUUCAUUUUAAGGGUGUUUCCCAAUUGUUGUAGCUUGGCUGUGUUCACUCAUACGCAGCACACCAUAACUCUCACAGUAGGCCCAACAAUGGCCCUUUAGAUUCAACUGACAAUCAAGAGCUGUUUGAUUUGCACGAAGCAAUCGAAGGAAAAACGCCAAAUCGAAGUCCUUCUUGCACACUCAUAACUUAUGGUAUAGACCAGCUCAAGCACAAAUUUGCCAUGCAUUGCACUUUGCUAAUGCCCAUUAAGGUGAAUUGGUUGUUUCUUUCUAUUUUAGAUUUUCUCAAGAAAAAGAGCCAUCGCAAGUUAUCCCAAAAAAAAAAAAAAAAAAAAAAAACUUUUUAAAUCUGUAAACUUGGUGCUAUUUCCUUUUACUGUCCGUUUUCCUUUGAGAGGAAGGUUUGUUAGUCGUUCUUAUUUUGAAAUGUUUGAGAUUUAAACACAUAUGUAAUUGCAUACGUGACAACAUCAAGGUGCUUCGCAGAAUAUAUACACAUUCUGGCCAGGGUAUAUUUACUAACUGUACUUACUGUUUAUUUCUCAUUGACUCAAGAGCUUUGUCAUUUUCGUAUGGUGUCUUGGUUAUAUUUUCCUUCACUAAGCCUAAUGAGCACAUGGAAUGCCUUGGCACUAAAAGCGUUUCCUAAAAUAUAUUAAAAAAAAACAAUUGGUGUUCCACUCCAGCACCCUGCCAAUGCCUUGUGAUGCAUGUACGGUGACGUACCAUAUUUGUUUAAUUAAGCAAAAGCAGACUGUCUCUAAAACAGGCAUUUAAAGUGAAUUGUUUCUGUGAUUGGAUCCCCCAAUGAGUAAAGUCAAGAAAUUAAGAAUUUUCGGAUUAUUUUGCCAAGGACCGAAAAGCAGAUAGCCGACUGUUUUUGUGAAUCAGACUCAACUGCAUCUUAAUUUCCUGCACAAAAGACUAUGCAGAUUUGGCUAAAGCGAGGCUACGGAGUUCACAUCAUUCUGAGAAAACACGUAAUAGACUUUAACGGUGUCGUAUUAAUACAUUGGCCCAUUGCGUGUAUUGUGUAUUAAAUGUGUAAGUGGGGAUAUACACUAUGUAGCCUAUGAAGUGAAAAUAAAUCGAUUUGUGAAUGUUCCAAAAUCUGAUAGAGUGUGAAAUUCAGACAGGUGAAUGAUUAAAGUAGUCCUAUAUUUUUGUAAUGCCAUUAUUUAAAGUCCGCUCUCUCGAGCCUGUAAAAUGAACUUUUUGUUCUGCGGGUUCAAAGUGCACUGCGGACUGACAGAAUAGCUAAGUCGUCCUAACAUCAGAAGAAUUCAAAACUAGCCAAAUAAAACUGAAUGUAGCUCACACAACACAACUUCCAUUAAGUUAAAGAAUUUCACGAUCUCCACGAUGAACAGAAAAUGGAAAAUGGGCGGUGACGCACUGUAAACAUGGUAGCUUAUAUAUCUGGUCAAUGUGGACUCGGUUUUUUAUUCUUCUGCUUUUGCUACAAUACUUGAGGUCAGAUUUUAUGACAUGAACUUUUUAAUCUGAAGUCACUGGUUGUUUAUAAAAAUGCAUAUUUAUUUUGUGAUUUUCCUGUUUUUUAUACCAUUGUUGUGUAGGAUAAAUGCACUCGAAAUGAAAACUUGAAUGGUGGAUUUGAAGCACUUUCUUUUUCUUUUCUGGUUAAACUGUUCAUUAAAUACAUCUGAGUGUGUGA